CGGAAGCGCCCACGCCGGCGAACAGGAACGGGGACAGGGUCUCGUCGCAGAGCGUCAGGACAACGGCGACGGCAGCGUUCCUGGUUUGCGGGUUAACCUUACCUAGGUGGUCGUUGCUGUGCCAAUCGCGGGCUUGUCUUCGUUGGCGUGCGGCGAUUGGGCGCCCGAGCUCCUCACCGAUAGUGUAUACCCCAGCCAUCCAGCCAUCCGGUUUUGCGCUGCUGCUGCUUCUUCGACUUCUUCUUCUUCUUCUUCUUCUCUUCGUUGGGUUUGGCGGACCUGUACAUCUGGUUUACUCUUCUCCGCUUGCAUACCUACCUACCUAUAAUUAUAUCCACCUACCUAUCCUAUCCACCAUCACCAUUGCCAUACCACCGUCAUGGCGUCCUCGCUCCUCUCCACCGACGCCAAAAAGCCCGCCUUCGCCAUCUACGAAGACCCCGUCUCGGACAGCGACAUGUCGUCGCUGCACCACGAGCACGACCACGACCACGACAUCGACAUCGACAUUGACAACUACAUGGACCUGGCGCCGCACCGCAGCAGCAUCAUCAUCGCCUCGCCGCCCUCGCCCUCCAGGUUCUCCGGCGACACGGGCACCUACAGCAGCGCGCGCUCGCCCCGCCAACGCCGCCGCAGACUCUCGACCCACACGCUACACUCGUCCGUGUCUGACCUCCCUCCCUCGGACUUCCAAUUCCGCUCCGGCUCCGCCGCCGUUUCCCGCUCCCAUAGCCCGUACGCCCCAGCCCCCAAGCAGUCCCGCUCAUCCAAAAGCGGCGGCUACCGCCCCGGCCUCUUCACCUUCGACAGCUUCGCCUCGUCCUCGAAGCACGGGGGAAUUAGCGGGCAGGGCUCGGUGCGGUCCGCACGGGACGAGCUGGACGUGCCUCCAGAAACUACCUCGACGCAGCGCCCCACGACGCGCAACAGCACGCCCAGCCGCGGCAAAGAGAACUAUCCCCUCGUGCUGCUGCACGCAACGCUGCUGCCGGCGUCCCCGCCUUUUCCUCUGCACGUCAUGCAGCGCGUCCUGCCCGAGCACGUGCUGCGCAACUGGCGGGUGCUGGAGGCCCGGCUGGCGGAUCCCCAGCUUAUGGCCCGCGGGCUGCUGAUUGCCCAUCCGAGGGAUGAGUAUGAGUUGCUGGAGGAGCGGCUGUUGGAAGCGCUGGAUCUGCGCGCGCCGAGGAUUCUGAAGUGCGGGCAUUUUAGGUGUGAGGACAGCGAUGAUGACGACGAGGAAGACGGCUACAGCUACGAAAAUGACAACGACGCGCUGGACCCGUCGGCCUGCGCGCACCAGCGCCAGCACCAGCACCCCCGCCGCGCGCACUCCCGCCAAGACAGCGCGGUAUCGACCUCACCCCUCUGCACCGACGACUCCCCGUCCAACGCCGCCCACGGCGACGACUCCGAAGGCCCCCCCUGCUCGCACUGCCACCUCCCAGUCAAGCACGCCAACCAAGGCGCGGGCAGCGGGCCCCACCACCGCUGGGACAUCCGCGUCUUUGCGGCGAACGGGCUGAUGCGCGCGGGGGCGUGGGCGGCCGCUUGGUCCGAGAUGGAGCGUGUGGAUGUGGAGGUCGUGCCGUGGAUUUCUGAGGAGCUGAGGAGCGCGAUGGAGAAAGCUGUGCGUGGGGAGGAGGAGCAGGAGAGGGCGCGGAACGCGGCACGGGAAGACGCGCAGCGGGCGCAAGAGCUUGAGGACGCAAAGGAGGCAGCGCGAGCUGAAGCCUCAGCGCAGGCUCAGGCGCAGGCCCAAGCCGCCGCAGACGAAGCAGCGCAGCAAGCCUCGCAGGCGCUCCAAGAAGCGCACGCAGCCCACGAAGAAGCGCUCGCGCAAGCCGCGCACGGGCGCGCCACGGCCGUCGAGCACGCCCGCCUCGACGCGGCCAAGGCCCUCGCGGCCGCGCGACAGGCCCACGGUGCCGCCCUGUCCACUGCCCACGCCGAGGCGUCUGCGGCCUUGCACCGCGCGGCACAGGACUAUGCGGCAUUGCACGCGCAGGCCGAGGUGCAGAAGCAAGACCUCCGGCAUGCGGUGGACGAGGCGGAACGCAGAGUCUACGACGCGGAAUGCCGUGUCUGUGAGGCUGAACACAGGGCUGACGAAGACCGCGACACGCUCCUGCGCAUGGCGGCCGAGGAGCGGGAAGAACUGACCCGCUUAGCAGCCGAGCAGGCCGCGGCCGCAGAGCACGAGAAGCUGGCGCUCAUCGGGUCGGCGGCCGUUGCGGCCGUCGCGGCACGCAAGCACGCGGCUGACGAGCUGGCUGCCGAGCGCAAACGACAUGCGGGGGAGGUGAGGGCCGCGGAGGCACGGCAAAGACGCCUGCAGAGGGAGCGGGAGCGGGAGAGGCAGACGCGCAGGUGGCUGCGCGGCGUGGCCACCGAUGCCGCGACUGUGCUAGUCCUGCUGCUGAGCGUGGUCGUGGUGUUUUUGGCGUCCCGGCCGGGGCUGUGGGCGAGGCCUACGCAUGCGAGUGUCGACGUCGAUGUCGUCGCGCCGGCGCCGGCGUUGCGCAUCUCGAUCUCGCCGUCGGAGCUGGGCGGGUUUGCCACUGCUCGUGCUUCUGUGGCGCCGCCGGCGUUUGAGACGCAAGAGGCGCUGGCGCUGGUGCCGUCGACUACGGCUGUGCUUGCGACUGCGUCGCCUUUGUCUUCGGUGCAAGUCGUUUUCUCCUCCUCCGCCACCACCGCCACUGCCGCACCACCGCUCGCGACGCCCUCAUCCUCGCCCUCGGGGCAGCAACACCAACAAGAACAACAACACGAAGACCAAGCAACCAGCUCGACCGACCAAACAUCCGCCUUCGCCUUCACAUUCACCUACCCCACCACCCCCGCCUCGGCCGCCGCACCCAACACCGUCAUGGACAUAGACACAGACACGCCCAUGGAGGUCGAUGUCGAUGUCGACGCGCCCGCCCACCCCGCAGUAAUACCCGACACGCACCCCUCGCCGCACGAGCCGCUCGCGCCGGCGCCAGCGGCGGUGCUCCUGGCCGCGGCGCCUAUGGAGGUGCUGCUGCCUGUGUGCGUGGCUGAGGGAGAGGGAGAGGGAGAGGGGACGCAGACUUGCCCGCGCACGCGCGCGGCGUCGGUGGCGGCGUCGGGAGUAAAGGAUGAUGCGCGUGUCGCGGACCAUGAGGCUGCGGCUAUUGUUAGGGUGGGGGCAGUGCUGGCUGCUGAUGUCGUGGAAGAGAGUGCUGCUGCCGAGGAAGUGCAAGCGGCUGCGCCUGCGGAGCUGGUCGUGCUGAGUGAGAGGGUGAGGGAGAGGGAGACGUGUCCUGCCCCUGCCCCUGCUGAUUUGGUGGAAGCUGUGGUUGGUGAGGAGAAGGUUGUGCAGGAGGGUCAAGAGGUGUAGAUGCCUCGUCUCACUCAUGUGUUCUAGUUUUCUCUUUCUCACUUUUCGGUUUUGGUUUUAUCAUUUUGUACCUCCUUGGCUUUUGGCGUUCGGCUCAGCGGCAUGGAUGGCUUGGUUUGGCAUGGCAUGGCAUGGCAUGGCGACGUGUUUGGUAUGGAUGGGUGGGUGGGUUGGUUUGGGAUGGGACUGUAUGGUAUGGCAUGGGAUGGGACUGUAUGGUAUGGAUGGCGGGGUGUAUAUGGAUAAGGGUGAGGGUGUAAUGGUAUUGGCGGCAGGAGGCAGCUUGUAUAGGUAUUAUUUGAGUUGUUACCUAGCUUGAGAUUUGUGGAUUUGGAUGUCCAUAUAUGUGGAUUUAUUUGAGCC